AUGGAGCAACUAGUGCUAAAGCUUUUCAAAGACGAGACGGAGUCUUUUUCUAUGUGGGUUCGAUUAUAUGACAUUGACCAUUGUUGGGAGUCUGGUGCGAAGCUUCUGCUUGCGGAUAAGGCAUCCCCUCUAUACUACGCAGCCUUGUUGGGAUUAGAAUCUGUCUUGAACAGUAUUCUACAAAUCGAUACUAGAGAUGCGGAUCCAUUGAAAACGGUGAACGCCCAGGCUGGAGUGUACGGCAAUGUACUACAAGCCGCAUCAUACGGAGGCCAUGAAAAGGUGGUGCAGAUGCUGCUAGACCGAGGUGCCGACGUCAAUGCCCAGGGUGGAUUAUAUGGCAGCGCACUCCAGGCCGCAUCGCUCAGGGGCCUUGAAAAGGCCGUGCAGAUGUUCCUGGAUCGAGGGGCGGACGUCAACUCCCAUGGUGGAAUGUAUGGCAGCGCACUCCAGGCCGCAUCGCUCAGGGGCCAUGAAAAGGUGGUGCAGAUGUUGUUGGAUCGAGAUGCCGAUGUCAACGCCCAGGGUGGACAAGGCAGUGCACUCCAGGCCGCAUCAUCUGAAGGGCAUGAAAAGUUGGUGCAGAUGCUGUUGGAUCGAGAUGCCGAUGUCAACGCCCAGUUUGGAUUCUCUGUCAAUGCUCUCCAAGCCGCAUCAUCUAGGGGCCAUGAAAAAGUGGUGCGCAUGCUGUUAGAUCGAGGUGCCGACGUCAACGCCCAGCCUUUACGUGGUGGCAAUGUGCUCCAGGCCGCAUCAACCAACGGCCAUGAAAAGGUGGUGCGCAUGCUGUUGGAUCAUGGUGCCGACGCCAACGCCCAGAGUGGACAAUAUGGCAGUGCACUCCAGGCCGCAUCAUCUGGAGGCCAUGAAAAGUGCACUCCAGGCCGCAUCAUCUGGAGGCCAUGA